AUGAGGCUAGGUCAUGGUCUGCAAGAUAUCCACAAUGUACAGUUAGAGGAAUUUGCUGAGUGGCUGCUUCAAAUAGGUGACAGGUUAUUCGGAGACAGUACUGAUGGCAAAUCGGUGAGUAGAAUACCAAACAACUUGCUAUUGGAUAUUGAGUCUCCGGGUUUCCACGAUUUGGUGUUGUUUGUGUAUCCCGAUAUUUUACUACGUACUUCUAGCGUGGAUUAUUUUAAGGACAGGAGUAUAUUGGCACCAACACUUGAUGUUGUUACUAAAGUUAAUAAUCAUGUGAUGUCUUUGAUCCCUGGCAAUGAAAGGAUUUACCUGAGCUUUGACACACUGCUUAAUGAAGAUGGUCACUUAGAAUCUGAAUUAUACACAAUGAGCACAGAGUCGUUGAAUGCGUUGAAUUGUUCUGUAAUUCCUCAACACAGGUUAGUUCUUAAAAUUGGUGUUCCUGUCAUGCUUCUUUGCAAUAUUGACCAAUCUAAUGGACUAUGCAACAGUACGCGAAUGCAAGUUAGGCGACUUGGUGAUCAUGUCAUUGAGUGCGUCAUAUUAGCAGGUCGUAAUAUUGGUGAAGUUGUCUUUAUUCCCAAGAUGAAUAUGGUCCCUAAUAAUGAAACAUUACCGAUUAGGUUUACCUAG